AUGACAGAUUUCGAUUAUCCUGGUUUCUACGACUUUGAAACCACAGAUAACUUCCUCCAGAGUAUUCUGGGGGCAGCCCAGUCGUUAUCUCCAGAUUCUAUCAACGGAGAUGAAAAAAAAAUGAACGACUGGUUUAUGAAUUUAGAAACGAAUUUGCCAGCUGAAAGGCAAAAUAUCCCGGAAAUGCCACCUUUGAAUGGAUUCCAAUCGAGUUCUAUGAGCAGCUCUUCGUAUUCUCAGGAUUCCAAUGUUUUUGGUGGGUUGACUCCUGAGAGUCAGGAUACAACGUACUCGAAUAAGACAUCGCCUCGAUAUAUAAAAAAGGAAAUCGAGCAAAUUUCAAUUGGAAAACAGGAUACGCUGAACGAGGAAAGCGUGACACCAGAGGAAAGAAAACCAAGUGUAAAUUGCACUUCCAAGGUGACAAAACCAGGACGUAAGGACAAGAUCUCGCACAACCAGAUUGAAAGAAAGUAUAGAACCAACAUCAACACCAAGAUUUUGGCUCUUAGAGAUGCUGUGCCGUCGCUCCGUAUUGCUGCGGGGUGCAACGACGUGAGUGUGGCCGAUUUGGAGGGCCUUACUCCGGCAUCCAAGUUGAACAAGGCAAGUGUCUUGGACAAGGCGACCGAGUAUAUUAGGCAUCUCGAACGGAAAAACGAAACCCUUAUGAACGAGAACCGCAAUCUCCAGCGUCUUAUACAAGAAGCCAGUAUCAACCCACGUCCAGUUGCCCCGCAAAAUGAACCAUCAUCGGCUGGCCGUCACAAUGGCUUUGGCUUUGCACCUUCCCAAAGCUUCAAUACUACUCCAGUGGCCAACUAUAGCCAAUCCUCAAUGCCUGUCACUAACGAACCAUACCAGCAACAACCAACAAACAGGUUUUUAUUAGGAGGAAUGGCCGCCAUGGUUGGUACCUCGUUGUUCUCUGGAGACCUGGAGUUUAAAAACCUUUCAGCUAUACCCAUAUUUCCUCAGGCACUUGCAUCUCCUAUUACCUUCCAAUUGUGGAGAUUAAUAAAGAUAGCGCUCGUGAUAAUGUCACUUGCAAGUAUAUUUCAGCCAUAUUUCAAAUUUGGCACCAAAAAUGAGAAAUCCAAAACCCAGAAUACUGAAGGGUUGUCGCAACUUAUGGUCCAUUUGGGUGUGAAACUUCCCAGUCGAAUAAAGAAAGACCAUUUUAACGAACUUACGACCAAGCUCGCGGGCAAAAGCGAUUCUUUCACAAGCUGGUCCUUGUUGAGCAACUAUUUCUACCUUUCAUCAAAAGAGGUCAAUUUCGAAAGCUGUAUUUUAAGCUUGAUAAUAGGGUCGAUAUUUUGUUCCAAGCAUCCUCUUGCGGGCCGUAUCAUGAGUAUAAAUCUCAAGACCAAGGCAAUGUUGAUUAAAAAUUUGGAUUAUUCCGGUGACAAUGAGUCGCUUCUUCGACUCUAUAAGCUAAUCAAAAAAGUGGACGGAUUAGCAAUGUUCACGUCGCCAGAUUUUGUCGAUCGUCUUGCCAACUUGGCAUACAAAAAGCCCAUUAAUGAGGGAUCAACAGGCGGACCUUCGCAUCUUAAAUACAUCGAAUACCUUCAAGAUAACUCCGAUGACUAUUUUGGAAUUGUUUUGUCUUGGCGAGUAUUGGAGCUUUUACAUCAGCUUGAAAUCACCUACCUCGAAAGUAUAUCUGAUGACGAUAGAGAAACAUCCAUGAAGGUUAUUCUGAGAAAGACCAAGGGAUUGCAGGAGAUUAUAGAAAGUUGUCCUCAAGGAUCCAAAUUGAAGAAGCAUUUCGCGCUCUUCAAGUCAAUCAUGAGUCCACAGGACUUGGCGGUUUCCUUAAUGACAGACCUCGAGAAGGAUGUUCAAGAGUCUUUGAAAGAGUUUGGUUCAUUUUCUGAAACCUUGGACAGCGAUAGUUCGAUAGCUGAAGCUGAACUGGAAGAUGCAAGCAUUGAAACAGAAACAACCAAAAAGACGCUUUUGGAGCAAAAGGCAUUGAUUGACACUCUCAAUGUUAUUUCUGAAGAGCAAUUUUUGGUUUUGGUUUGCUCAUUGGCAAUCUACUAUAAAGAGAAGGACCUUAAAAAGAGCUUGGAAUUGUUGAAAUACCUUAAUUUUGCAAGCGACAAGCCUCCACUUUCGAUGCUUUCUUUCACAGCAGUUUUGCGUGUGAUUGAUGAACUUUCAAGCAAUGUUGAGGAAAAUAGUGAUGAAGAAAAUGCAACCGUCGUAUUAGAUCAACUAGUGAGGGUUGCAAGAUUUUGGAUCAAUGAUCGCGCAUCGACGCUUACCUUGCCUCAAGAGUUAUGUGCCAAUCUUUCUGACUGGGUAGUCGAGAAGGGCAUAGUGUUGAAUGGAAUGGAGCUGCAGAUAGAAGAAGAAUAG